AUGGCUGAGAUGAUGAAAGACAAGAGAGUACUUCGAAAAGCACAAGACGAAGUACGACAAGUGCACCGUGGGAAACAAAAUGUGAAUGGGUCAAGCCUCCAUGAACUUAAAUACUUGGACUUAGUCAUCAAAGAAAGCCUAAGAUUACAUCCUGCAUUGCCUUUGCUUUUCCCAAGAGAGAACCAAUCGAAAGUUGAAGUUUGUGGAUACGAGAUCCCUGCGAAAACCAAAGUGAUAGUCAACGGUUGGGCUAUUGGGAGAGAUCCCCGGUAUUGGACAGAACCCACCAAGUUUUAUCCAGAGAGGUUCAUGGACUCUACGAUCGAUUACAAGGGAAACAGUUUUGAAUUAAUCACAUUUGGAGCCGGAAGAAGAAUGUGUCCUGGAAUGCUUUAUGCGACUGCGGUUGUGAAACUAACGUUGGCGAAUCUGCUAUAUCAUUUUGAUUGGAAGCUUGUUGAUGGAGUGGAUGCAGAAUAUUUGGACAUGACAGAAGCUUUUGGGGUUGCGGUGGGGAGGAAGUGCAGCCUGUGCUUGAUCCCCAUUGCAUAUAGCGUCCCAACUUGA